AUGGCUUCGUCCUUCAUCACUCGAACCUCCAGUACCUUGGAGGCCUUCACCUCCCGUGUGCAACCCAAGGUCACCGUUGACCUGCAAGGGCAAACCGAGGGUCUAGUGAGCACCUACACCACUGGCGACCGCAUUGAAGGCACGGCCACCGUCACCGUCGACCGCGAUGUCCGAUUCGAUGAGGUGGAAAUCACUUUUGAAGGAACUUCUCGCACCUCUGUAGAGCGUGCAUCCAUCCCCGGCCGCACGGGCGCAUAUCAGACCUUCCUACGCCUGCGCCAACCCAUCGACGACACGGCGUAUCCUACUCCGCGAGUGCUUGAGCCCAACCGCCGCUACGAAUUCCCCUUCACCUUCGUCGUGCCCGAGCGUCUGCUGCCACAUGCCUGCAGCCACCGCAAGACCAACAUGCACGUGGAAGCGUCGCACACGCUGCUGCCGCCCACCUUGGGCGACGCCAUGCUGGCCGCCGACGGCAAAACGCUGCUGGACGACAUCUCGCCGGACAUGUGCCGCAUCGCGUACCUAAUACGCGUAACGGUGCUGCGCAAGAAACCGAGCGAUUCGGAAGCCGCCACGACCAAAAGCCUCGUCUCCGUCGGCAAGAAAGUCCGCAUCGUCCCCGCCGUCGAGGAGGAACCGCCGCUCAAUGUCGCCGACCAUGAGCCCGUCUACUGCACCCGCAAGGAAAAGGACGUCAAGCGUGGCCUGCUGCGCGGGAAACUCGGCCGUUUGGUCGUGGCCGCCUCACAGCCUCGACCUGUCGUAUUGCAUCCCGGCUCCAACGCCGCCGCAGACAACCACAGCAGCAGCAACAGUCUCGUCAGCACCGCCGCCACGCUUCAUCUCCGCUUCGAUCCCAUCGGCACCGAGUCCCCGCCUCGUCUAGGCACCGUGUGGAGCAAACUACGCGUCUUGACCUACUUCAGCGCCGAGCCCUGGCCCGACUUCCCGUCGCCCUCGUCGCCCGCGAUGUGGGCGCAGAUGGGCCGCGGCGGUUACACGGAGUCGGUGCCUCUGUCGACGUUGUGUCUCGCCUCGUCGUCGGCCGGCUGGACGCGACACGAAGCGCCCCGUCUGGACCGCUGCGACUCGCGCCAAUCGAGCACGUCGUCCAGCUCGGACGCCGAAUCCCUGACCGGUCCGUCUGCCUCGUUCGAUGGAUCGGUCUAUUACACCGCGUCCGUGGUGGUGCCAGUUGCCCUGCCGGCUAAGAAGGCCUUCGUGCCCUCCUUCCACUCGUGUCUUAUCUCGCGCGUGUAUGCCCUCGAUCUUAGCAUCUCGUAUCACACGCCUAAUGCGAAUAUCUUGACCCCUACCGUCUCGCUGCGCGUGCCCUUGCAAUUCACCUGUGCUCGGCGAGAACCUGUACCUGGGAAGGAGGACGCUUGCGAGAUCUCCAUCGACGAGAUGAAUGCAGAGUUCUUCAACCCGCGCAGCGUGGCGCCGCCGGUGAUUCCUGUGUCUGCGCCGCCGGAGUACUCCGAGCUGCGUCCGUUCGUGGACUCUCCGGAUCGGUCGCGGGAUCUGUUGACGAGUUCGACGGGGAGGGUGCGGACGGCUUGUUGA